AACUUUGUGUUAGACUGACCGUCACGUCUACGACUUGGAAAGUUCCUCGGUUCAGUUCAGUAACGAAGUUCUACACGAGCGUCUAUUUAAACGCAUAUUUAAAAUACGAACUCAAAAUAUUAAUUCUGGUUAAAAUUAAAUUUUAAACAAUCUAUUAAAUGAGUUAAAUAUGAGCAUUUUAAAUAAAAAAGCAAAUUAUUCAGCGAAUUCCGGUCUUGUUGGACCAACGGUCUGGUCCAGUUCAGUGACGACGUCCAACAGAUGACGAUCUAUUUUAGACGUAUUUUUCAAACAAGAACGCAAAAUAUUCAAUUUGAAUGAUAAAAUUGCGUAAAUAAUAAUUACUAAAAUAACUUAGACGCAUAAAUUUUAUAUAAAAUGGCAAUAAUUCGGCGAAAGAAGCCCUUUUAUCGGAGGCGCUUUGUAGGGAACGCGACCCCCAAACACAAACGUCAAACGGAAUCCAAACUGUAAACAAAGACUCAUGUUGAUAAUUCCCAAUUAUCCUUCUUGAUUCUUAUUUCGAGUUAAUUACGGGGUUAUUAUCGGCUCUGGAGGUUAAUUGCUAUCAUUAUUUGAUUAAUUACAGAACGUUUACUUUGAAAUAAGCGGAAAUGUUGGCUGAUAAGGCGCUGGAGCUCCUUAGGGAACUGGAGCGGAGCAAAGAUGGACACAUGCCCACUUUUAACGAAGACCACAUACGACUGGUCCUGGAGGAGAUGAACGUUCUCUUUGAACAGAAUCAGCAAGAUGUGUACCACAGAUUAGAGCGAAUUCGUGACAUGAGAUGGGAGUUUGGGAGCAUCCUCCCGACCAACAUUCGAGCGACCUUGUGUGAACCGGAAAUUCAGUGGUUUAAUAAAUACAACAAAAAUCUAGCAAGUUACAUGAGGUCCCUUGGGGAAGGUUGCGGAUUAGACCUCACUCAAGACAUUAAGCCUCCAAAGAAUUUAUACAUUGAGGUCCGGUGUCUCCAGGAUUACGGAGAAUUUGAAAUCGAGGAAGGGGAUACAGUGGUCUUACAGAAAAACACAACACACUAUCUGCUAAUGGCUCACUGUCAGCAUCUCAUACGACAGGGUAUUCUGGAACACGUGGAGUGAACGUCUUGUGUAACUGCUUUAAUAGAAAUGUCAAAGUUCUUUCAAAGGCGAGUUUGGUUGAACAAAUCCACAGUUAUGUCUGGAUACAAAUUAUUUAAAACUAAAUCUCUACAGAGAGCUUUUGGGAAUCUGUGUUAUUUCCCUUUUCAGCCGAGAUUGUAAAGGGGAAUCCACCAUUAACCGAAACUCAGCGAUUUAUGGUGCGAUAACCAGUUAAUGGUGCCUCUGUUAGGUAUGUUAUGGCGCCAUAAAUUGCCAAUUUUAUGGCGCUAGACAAGCGCCAUACAACUGGAUCACCAUUAACCGAGUCCACUGAUAACCGGCGACUGCCUGUAUAUUUGUACCCAGACCAGGGUGGAUUUAUUUCUCCAUUUCAAGACUCAUGAUAAUAUGUAUGAUUAUUUUGUAAUGAUGGGUUUGUUUUACAAAAUAUAUUUUUCUAAACUUUUGAAAUUUAGGUUUCUCAAACUAUGGUUAAGUUUUUAAAGUUUCAUAAGGGACCAAUUAUGCAAAAAAUGGGGUUAUUCAUUCUGCAAGUACUUUGUGAUUCUGAUAAGAUGAAAAGUAUUGAACAUCUGUGAUAAGUUUUUAACAUUUGUACCAUUCGUAAUAAAAUUUUAGCAAUGG